UGAAAGUACAACUCUCACUUUGCUCCAUCAAGUACUACUAGCGCCAGUUACGGCCCACUCGUCAACUUAUUUUGGCCCCUUUUUGAAAUUGAUACGACUCACAAAUACCACACUUUAGUGCGCGGUGGAGAGUGACAUAGAAAACUAAAUUUUGAAUUCUGAUCCUUCAUCUUCAAUGUAAAGCAAUUCAUUUACACUUUUUGCUAAAAUAAGCCAAGAUGACGCUGCUUGUUGUCCGCCCGGCAAGAAACGCACUUUUUUUGCUCUCAUUUUUCGUUCCGCUCGUGUGUGUCUCUGGUGUUUGGGUCAAAAAGUCGUCGUCCGCGGCAGCAGAAGAACCAGCUGAAGACGCGGAAAUUGCACUCACCACUGAUCCACAUCCGCAAAGUGUUGCCGAGCAGAAAGCUGAAGCUUCGGAGAGCAAAGACGCUGCGGUACCAGAUGAACCGGCGGCUUCACCUCCUCCUGCCAAACAGCAGUAUGUGUAUUUUUGGCAAGAUAGCCCUGCUGCACCUCCGCCACCUUUCCAACCAUCCCAAUCAGCGGACCUCCUUGCAGCUUCGGCCUCAGCCUCCGCAACGGCGUCGGACGACUUCGGGCUGGCUAACAUGGAGAACCAACAGGACCAGUCGAACGUCAUCGCUCCUGGUUCCUUCAAGCGACACGAGCUGCGACUGCAGGGCGACAACGCUUUGAAACGCCUCGGGCUGCUCGGCAAAGGGAUCAUCGUCCCUGGUGGAAGUGCAAGUGCUGCACGAAACGCUGCUGCUGAGGCAGAGAAAAGCCCAAGUAAGAGGAAAGGCAAGGUUAUGAACAAGAUUCAGAAAACGAAAACCACCUCUGGUGCGGCGACUCUCAACUCUCUAAGGCAGACCGAAAAUAAGCUGGUCAAAUCGCAAGAUGAAGAGCAGCGGGUCGACCCCUGUCUCGCGUCAUCGGCCUCCCCUUCGCCGACGAGAAGUCAAUGCAAUCCGACCGUGGUGGAAGCCGGAUCUCGGUCGCCCUUCGACCAAAUGCUGUCCCUACCGCUUGGCUUCGAGUACUACGACCCGAAUACGAGUGCAGGAGGAGCUGCUGCUUUCUUCCCAGCCCCGCCAAACACAAGUCCAUCUUUUUGGCACACCAACACUCAGCCCGGGCAGCCCCCCGCGCCGACCUGGUCCCCGAAGGCGGUGGCUUUUUCCCCGACACCAUCGGAAAAAGCGGAAGAUGAAGACGCCAUGAAGAGAGAGGACGACAACCAGCAAGGCGCUGCAAGCAGAGGACCCGCACUGCCGCGGAAAAUCCUGGAGUUGAGUAAAUUUUUGCACCAGCCAGGGAUUGUAGAUGAGAAAGUAGCCGAAGGUGCGAACAGUUCCGCGAGUAAAGUGCUGCUAGAAGACAAGGACCACACGGACGACAAUUCGCCGCCCGCAAAAAUUCCGGUGCCUGAAAAUAAAUCCGCGGAGCACGACCAACCGGGAGGUGGUGCCACUUCUUCUUCCAUUUUUGGCACAACCACCAUGAGCACGACGGACGCGGAAAACUUAAACUAUCCUACCUCCAUCGAUAACCCGUCACAAUUGCAGGUGCGGGAGUGCAGACCGACAUUUGCGCAUCUACCCGCUACGAACCAGAACGCUUCGAUGAGAGAACUUGUCACUACAGGCAAUAAACCACCGACAAGUACGACCCAGCUGUCUGCUGACGCUGUGCCCUUUGACCCGACCUGGAGUUCCGCUUGCAUCGACUUCGAACCCGGUAUUAUCGCAAUGAACGAUGAAGGGAUGCUGGACUUCACCAGUUUGCCCUUCGCUCCCGAAGCGAUCCGGGAAACGAACCUGACUGCGGCGAAGCAGCUCGCCGGGCAGAAUCUCGUAUCAAAUGUAAAAGUGUCUGGGUCUGGAAGAAUGCAACUUGUAAUGCGUAUUUCAGAACACAGAAAAGUCUCUCAUGCAUACGUAGCAAAAGCUCCCACUUUUUGUCAGCAAAAUAGGGGACUUGUCAUGCGGAUUCGGCAUUGCGGAAGGCUCUAUAAACCUGUGAUGCUAGAGCUUCCAUGCCAGACCUUCUGUGUCAUGCAAAAACAGCAUGACUCUUCCAGACCCAGACAUUUUUACAUUUGAUAUCUCGCAAUGUCGGGCGAUUUCCCUUUUUCCGCCUGGCCCACGGCGGCGGGAGCGAGCGGUGGGCGAGCUUUGCAAGCGGAUUUGAGCGACAUGCAACAAAUGUACGGCGUGGAGAGUAGUGCUGGAGCCCCUGGCGCUGCCCCAGUGGACAGAGUUCCACCUCCGCCGGGCAUAUUUGUCGGGAAUGGCGCGGCAGGCCCGGUACAAAACGGCACUCUUGCUGCAGACAACGCAAACAGCGUCCCCGCCCUCACGACGGUGCAGCAGCUAUACGACAUGCGGCAACAGCACCAAGAGCAACAUCACACUUUUGAUCCAACAGAUCCGUCCUACGGAGGGCAGCUCUUCGCAGACCCAAUCUCCUGCACAGCGGAGUACUGGCAGCAGCACGACACCAAUCCGAAUUAUCUGUACGCCGGCUUUGCGGACCAGGUCGUGCCGGCACCCUACAGCACUGACACAGUGGACAACAGUCACGCCCCCAUGAUGCCUUUGACCGACGCUGCGCUCGCUAUGCACGAUUGUCACAACCGCUUUUUGCAGGAACAGCAGCCUCGGCCCGACCAAGAAGGUCGUGGGCCAGCACACGACGGGAGGUACAGCGUUCUGCAUAAUUUCCAAUAUCACUAUCAACCGAAUAACCGCCCCGUUUUCACCAACCGGCUGAUGAAGAAAACAAAUAGGCCCGUCUUCCCGAAGGGUGCGAGUGCGAACGAAAACAAGGCGGAAAUUGAUCGAAGACUGGAACAGCAGGGCCACUUUCUGACCGUGGUCGAUCCACCGCCAGAAUCCGGCCCGGCAAUCCUGUCGCCUGAAAAACCGCUGCCGCCAAACGAGUCGCCGCAGGGAGUGGUGUCGCCGAUGGAGGGCGACUACCUGACCGAAGAGGGGCGGAGGAAUGCGAUGGAACGUCGAAUAAAGGGGAUGAAGACGAAAAUAAACGAGGAACAUCAAGGCACAAGCGCGGAAAUAGAGGCGCCGUCUCACACCCAGAGCAAGAACGACUACAUGGAGGUCGACGAGGAAGAGCCGACCAGCUACGAGGAAGAUACGUCUGAGGAAGCGGAACUGCAAACCAACGCAAAACAGCAUCAAGCGGCUCAUAUUGCUUCUUCCGCUGCGGGAGUGCAGCCGCAACAAGGACGGAGAAGCCUCAACCUCGAAUCGGAACUCCACGCCAAUCGGAUGUGCAAGCCCUGCGCGUUUUUUUUCAAACAAGGCGCGGAAUGCAGUAACGGGGACGACUGUCCUUUUUGCCACCUGUGCCCACCUGGAGAGAAAAAGGUAAUGUAAUGACAGAGCAACGUGACUUUCAUUUUUUUCUUCUGCGUUUUCUAUGAUCAGGCUCAUCUCAUCGGCCAAUUUUGACAAUUUCUUCGUCUACGUCGUCUUCUCUCUGCAUAGUCCAUACCGGCAUUGUCGUGCGAGGUAGUUCUCAUUGAUGUAAUAACAAUUCGAACAAAAACAGCAACGGAAAAAGGAGAGGAGGGCUGCUGCUGUACUGGCAGCGCGAAACAGAGCUCCUUUCAUCCCGAAUCGCAGAGGCGUCAUGAGCAACCAACAACAGCAUGGCGGGCAGAUGCAGUUGCAAUGAGUUGUUGCGUAGCUGGAGGUACUUUUUUGUAACAGAAGAAGCCGUGUAGUACUGUGUAGCAAAUGAACAAUGUGCGGGCAAAUUUUUGCUGCGUUCUUGCAAUGAAAAAAUGCACCACAAGCAAGGUUCUUUCCCGAUGUGAAUUGACAUCGUUUUUCAGAAAUGAACAAACACCCUGAAGAUUCCUUCAAGUGCAUUUUUGGUUCGUUUUGGUGCCUGCCUUCAAUUUAGACUAUGUAUUGAUCUACAACCUAUGUUUCUACUUACAUACAGAAAAGAUUGAUUAACGUAACACAACGAGAAAUUUUUGCCCCGCCACAUGUGGGAGAUGAAAGAGGAAUCAUCCACAUGGUGAGAUACUCAUGCCCUAGAUCUUUGUUGACGAUGAAUGGAAAUAGUUUGCGAACCGAAAGUCGAAACAAUGAAAAAGAAAAGUUACGCACGAACACAAACCAUCCUCGACAUAAAAAAACACCCUUCUAUUCCUUCACACUAGACAUUCGAUACCAUCGAGAAACCGGAAAAAGAGAUAUCAAU